GUAAAGGCAACGGGUUAGGAGGGUUGGAGAGGAACGGGGCGGGGCGUCGCAUGACACGCGCGCGCCGGAGAGCGGGGCGGUGCUUAAUGACAGCUCCGCCCUCCCCGCUUUUCUGCUUGCCUUGCGCAGAGGAGCGCGCGAGCAGAGGCCCCGCCGCAGCUCCUCCCCGAGCCCCUCCCACGCCCUGCCGCUUUUCCUUUCUGCCGUCAGAGCCGCGUUAGCAACACCGCCGCCGCUACCAGAAGCAGCAGCAGCAGCAGCAAGAGCAAGAGGAGCUCCUCCUCCUCCUCGUGUCCGCGCGCGCGCCCCCCUCUUCGGUCUCUCCCCCCCCCCGUCUCUCUCUCUUUCUCUCCCCCUCCGGCUCCUCCUCCGCCCUGCAUGGUCCAUCGCCGCCGCCCUGCUCCGGCACCACCACCUCCGCGGCCGCCUCCGCUUCCCUCAGGCUCAGCUCCUCCUGCCCUCGGCGGUGGCGCCCUCAGCACCCAGGCUGUAUGAUCAGGCUACAGUCUUCAAUGAGUAACCAUAUUCCUGUGAGUAACGGGCGACCCUCUCGCCGCCUCUAAUCACCGUUUUUUUCCCCUCUCCCCCCCCCCGUCUCUCUUUCUCUCCCUCCAUGUUCGUUUCUUUGUUCCUUGGGCCGCGACGGCGUUUCCAUCAGGCGGGCGGGCAUGUCGUGGAAGCGCCCCCCCUCCCCAGCUGAGGCGCCGUCCUCUCAGGCGAGGCGGCGGCGGCACACAAAGCCUCCAUUCUCUUCUAGAAAAGGGAGGAGGACGCCGCUCCCUCAACCUGUUCUUCUUUCUCUGGGCUCCUUUCCCCACGUCGCUGUGAAAGCGGCGGCGGCAGAUGGCCGCGUCCUGACUCGACUUGGCCAUGGAGGGGAGGCAUAGAGUGAGAAAAGGGGGCUUCGACGCUUGCCUUUCGGAAGGAGGCGUAUGGGCGGGAGGCGGCGGCGUCGCCACUGUCUGGAAGCGGCGGGGUGGGGGGGGGAGAGAAGUAGGAGCCGCGCGGAUGGAGGGAGCGAAGCAGCAGCAACAAGCAUCUCCUCGAUGUUUGUGGAGGGGGGAGGGCGUCGGUUAGCCUGCAAGCCCCACCGCCAUGCUGCAUGGGGUGGGGGUUUACAGGGCCCUGCCGCGCGCGCCAUGUGCCCCCCGCUUCCUUUCAAUCCGUGCCCGGCCCAUCGGGGGUUGUCUCUGCGGCGUGUCCCUCGACCUUUAAACCCGGUCGCGACGACGUGUCAUUUGCCCGAUGCCCCCCUUUUUUACACCGGUGGAGCCGCGCUGCUUUUGGGGGGGGGCACCGGCCCGCGUGUAUCCCCUGAAAGCCCCCGCCAGUUGGGAGGCGAAGGAUGCAACCAAGGGAACAGAGCAAGGAUUGCCGGUGGCGGGUGGGGGAGAAGCAGGAUACGAACACACACACACACGUACGUUGGUGAAAUCGUGCGGGUUUAAAAUAGGGAAACAAGUGUAUUAAAUCGCAAACGCCAGCCUCAACAAUUCGGAUUCCGCCUCCGCUUGUCUUAAAGCGGGUUCAGAAAGGACGCCGCGUGCAGAAAGAUUUGGGACAGUUCUUAUUGAGUACAGUAGUCAUUAGCCGCCUCUCCCCAUACUCUGGGUGACUGCAGCUCCGUUAGAAAAGGCCAGUCCGCCCUUGGUGCCUACCUCUGCCCAAGAGAUGCACCCGAUCCUAGGCAGCGCGAAUGAAACACGCCAGAUUCCCCCCCCCCACACACACACACCCGAAUUGUAUCAAUGGGCUUCGCUGUGAGUCGUGAUUCUGGGAAAGGAAGCGGGGGCGUUUCUCUCCACCCCUUGCUGCGUGGCUCGGUUCGUUGAGGUGAGGAAAGGAAACAAGUCGAGACAUGUCCCGGCCGCUACCUGGCCACGGCGGGGCUAUUGCGCUUCCGAGUGUGACUCACCACUGGGGCGUGCGGGGAGGGGGUGAAGGGAGAGUGGAGAGGACAUCUGGCGGGGCUGGGUCAACGUGGCUUUCCCGUCUCUCUGCUGUCUGCAUGCAGAUGACGAGCACGCUGCUUCCCGCUCACGCUGCAGUCACACGCCGGAAGAAGGGGAGAACCGCAAAAAGGACGCGAUCGGGGCAAAAAGAUUUUUUUGCCAGGUUUCCUGCGCAGUCGGUUGCUAGGGUGGGAAGAGAGCGACAGCCUGGAACACGACCUCGUGUCUGCUUUGCUAGGGAGACCCUGUCACUUGGGCUGAGGAAGCAUGUACUUGUGUGUCAUGUGAGAAGCAUAUUAAGUGUCAAGAAAGGUGAUGUGGUUUAUAGGUUUUGAGUUAACAAGGCAGUCAAUCUUUCGGCUGAGUCACAGGAUUGUAUUUACUGUAAUUUGGAACAUCCUGGUAAGUUUGUUUAUAUGAGGCCAUGAUGUGCUGUAAGUCUAAGAGGACUUCAACCCCCCCCCCCCCAAUUUAUGAAGGUAUCUCCCCCCAAAAAAUCAAGUUAUUUUCUAAACACUUGGGGAAUGGUUGGUUUGCAUAUUUUUCAAAGUAAUUUCUAAAGUCAAUAACCAAUAAAUUUUUGAAUUACUGUAGUUAAGAUGUCCACAUUCCUUGAUUGUUUUUGAGACUCCAUACAAAUGUUGUGGCUACUUAAGAAAAAUUGUAAAAGCUAUAAUUGGCUAAAGGCAGCGAUAAUGAUCUUUUUUCAUGGAACAGGUUGUACCAUAAUCAAUCCGGAUUCAUUUUGUAAGCAGAAAUUAGAACCUGAUCAAAAUCAGUGGGGAUUUGUAAAGAUACAUUGAACAGUUCUUAAAUCUAAAAUAUCCUUUGAGUCUGGAGGAGUUUCUACUGCUGGCUGUCUUUUGCUGUAGCCUGAAUUUUUAACUGGAGGAGGCAAUUAUUCAUGUAUCAUGAAAUGGCUACCAUGCCUGCUCAUUGAUUCAGACACCUGCCCCAUCUAAAUUCCAGAGCUUCCACCUCCUCAGAAGUUCCUUCUGUUAUUCCUCCUUCUUGUCAUUUGUCACUUUUCCCAUUUCAUCUACUUCUUGCACCUUCCCACACACUUCUAAUCAAGCUACUUUUCUGCAGUUCUCAGGGCUAGCAUUCUAAUCUUGGUUUCCUCCUAUGGUUCUAGGCAGUUUUCAAUGGCUUUCCAGCCAUGUCAUGCUCUACAGCUCACUUGCUUGUCCUGAUGCUUUGAGUGUGGUUGCUAGUGUAGGAUGUGGGGAGGAAACAGGAAGAACCUAAAGUGGCUGAGUUCAAUAAAUGCAUAUGCUAUUUAGUUUGAAAGACUUUAGGACUCUUCGCAACAUGGCAGAAGCUUUUUUACCUUCAAAAAUCUGCACGAAGCCCAAAGUUGUUGUCAUUUGUCUAAAUAAAAUAGCAACUUUAGUUACAGUAGGACUUGGAGCAGACUUGUUUGUAACAGAUUCCCUGAUGCAAUAAUACUUGGAACAUGUAGUUCAGGUAGGCAAAUACCAUGCAGGGUAGGCACAUAUGAAAUUACUAAUUAAGCCACAAUAUAUUCCUCUGUUUCAGUGACAACUGUUUGUAGUGGUCAGUUUGCUUGUCAGAGACAACCACUAUUAAUUUACAACUGUGGGCUGAAACUAUGUAAUAAACAGUUCUGAUAGUGCAAUAACUUUUGAUACACAGUGGAGCUUACCUGUGCGACCCUUAGUUCUGACAGUUCCCCAGUCAUCCAGAUCAGAUUAAUUUGUCUUGAAAAGAGAGCAUCUUGUGCAAAGAGGAAUGAACUAGUACUAAGUUUAAAACGUGUUGACUAUAAUAAAUGAAUUCUCAGAUUACAGGAUAAAUAGAUAAAUUUUGCUGUGGUCAAAUUUCUAUUUUAGCUUCAUAGCCUUCAAUUUCUUCUCUCCUUUUCUUUGUCUUCUAUUGCUACAGUGGUCUUUUAAAAGUUGUUCUGUUAGGUUUAUGUGCUGUCCUUUUAUCUUAACUGUACAUUUAAGAAGUUCUUAUAUUUAAAAGUACUGGGUUGUCUCCAGGGCUGUCUUUCCAUGAACAGAUGGUUCUGGUGAUUUAAGUGGUUUAACCCUUGCUCUUGUGCAGCACUCCUCACCACCUAAAGCCACACACACACACACCACCUCUGGAGUAGAUUGGGACAGGAACUCCAGAGGAAAGGGGAGGAUCAUCAGCAAGAAGCACCACUUUCACCAUUGCAUUUAAGGGGCAGGAAUUUAUGCUGAAUCAAAGCCACCAGUGAACAGAAGGACUGUAUUGGCUACAAUGAGGUUCCUUCUGUGGAGGUUCUCAUACUGUUCCAGAGGAUCCUCCUACUCUCAAGAGCAUAUUUGGGGAGUAGGCAAAAAAUGCAUUGCUCCCAAACUUCAGUGUGCAGAACUCUGCCCUGGGCGUCUCUGGAUCUCACCAUUAUCGUGAAUUACUGGAUCUCACCAUUAUCGUUAAUUACUGGAUCUCACCAUUAUCGUUAAUUGUACACCAUUAUUGUUAAUUGUUGUUAAUUAUUAUAUGAACUGGCUGCUUUAUAUUGCUUACAGUGUGCAAUCAUAACAUUGCCCAGAGAGCCAUUGUAAUGAGGUGGCAACACAUGCAAUAAAUAAAAUCUUAAACAAGAGGCAUACACAUAGAAGACAGGCAUGGAUGCCAUUUAAAAAACUGCAUCUUGGGACCAUUCCUUCCUAUAUCUGAGAAUGGGGGAAUACUUCCUGAAGUUUUUCUGAACACUACUUUAAACAAAUCUGAUUAAGAAUCUCCUUUCUUGUUCAUUAAGUCUUUAAUCAAACUGGUGAGCCUAAACAUUGCAGGCCAGUGAGCAUUUCAGGAUGGGAGAGACUGUCAGUUCUAAGAUCAUUUCUCAACAGACAAAUGCAACAACUUUUGGUGUUUCACAAUUUCUGUGAUUCCAAGGAGUGUAUAUGUCUUAUCUGAAUCAGUUUGUUCCUUGGAAAAAAUAUGUAAGUAGCAAGAUGUUCAAAUUAAAACACAGAAGCAGACUGUACUAGUUCUAGAUCCACACCCCAUAUCAGAACAUAAAGUUUUCAAGCACACAGUACGUCAAAGUGUAUAAAAUUUGCUCUGUGAGUUGAGAAUUGCCUGUAGAUGGCAUUACUAGAGAAGACAAAAUUUGAUCUCUUGGAUUAACUGAUCAACAUGAGUAUCUUAAUUGGAAAGAUUCCUUCUUUCUGUGUCUCUCUUUGAACCACAUUCAAAAGCGAAGAAUGUGGUUUGGAUGGUGUUAGAUGAUGGGCAGCUCAUGUGCAGAUUAUUUACUCUUCUGUUGUAGAAAUAUCUCAGGCUUGACAGUAUUUUUAAAAACGUAGUGUCUUUUGUUUCUACGUACAAGGCAAGGUGUUUCAGAAGUUUCAUGAUAUAUGGAAACUUACCAUUCUUGAGUUUCAUCAAAAUAAAGUUGGCAUACUGAUGAGAAUUCAAUGCCUCUCUUGGGUUUGUUACUAUAACCAUGACAACUCGGCUGCCUUGGUCUGAAAAAGAGUUAUCUUUAAGAGCAUCUGUGGGUACAGCUGUUUGGGGGCAGCUAAAUAUUUCUUUGGUGUUGGCUCAUAUUAAAUUCUUUAUCUGCACCCCUUUCACCUUACCUCCUUUCAGAUAAGCCCUACCUUGUGGCUCAGAAUUGACAUAAGUAAAUGGAGGCAUUGGUGUCUUAUUACAACUGUUUUAUUAAAUGGGUGUGGGGGGGGGAAAUAAUCACACUUCAUGAAUAAGAUGCAGUUUGAAAAUGAAGCAGUCUAAAGCAUCCUUCCCCAAUACAGUGCCCUCCAGAUGUUGCUGGAGUAUAACUUGCAUUGGCUUCUACUAGCAUGAUCAGGGAUGUUAUAGUUCAACAACCUCUGAAGGGCACCAGGUUAAGGAAGCUGCUAUAUAUUUGUUGAACAAUUUUGAUUCAUAAUUUCAGCUGCGGUAGUAUGGUAGAAAAGUAGCAUAAACCUAUCUUGUCCUCAUAACAAACUUGUGAGGCAUAUUUGGCUCAGAGUUUAUUGGCUGACUGAAGAUCAGCUUUUUAGUAAAUUCUGAAUUAGGAUCAUAGUUGGUUUUGGUUUAAAGUCCACUGUCCACUAUCACACUGAUUGUAAUUGUGUAGAGACUGCAGGAUUACCUGCACGGUGUUAUAGCUGCGCUAGUGGAAUGUCACUCUGGUUGAAUGUAUUCACUAAUGCUGUUACAUAGCCUUUCCUCAGUAAUAAUUGCACCAGCCCUGUGUAAACUGUAAAAUGGCCAUUCCAUUUCUUUUCUCCAUAGCUCUUGGAUCUACCAGUCCUAAUUGAUUCUCAUUUAGUGAUUUCAACUUCAAAUGCCCCCUGCUUGCUAUCCUCUUCCUUGUAUCUAUAGAAUCCAGAUCACAUCUGGUUUAUCAUUUUUAAUGUUAAAUUACAGUGGUACCUUGGGUUACGUACACUUCAGGUUACAGACUCUGCUAACGCAGAAAUAUUACAUUGGGUUAAGAACUUUGCUUCAAGAUGAGAACAGAAAUCAUGCAGCGGCGGUGCAGCGGCAGCGGGAGGCCCCAUUAGCUAAAGUGGUGCUUCAGGUUAAGAACAGUUUCAGGUUAAGAACAGACCUCCGGAACGAAUUAAGUACUUAACCCGAGGUACCACUGUACCAACAAGCAAUGGGUAUGUAUCAAAACAUUGGCUGAAUAAGCCCCUCCCCUAAACUUGCCAGACCUCAGUUCUUACACUUCAGCUGCGGCAUUUGACAGGACUCCUUGUAUUUAAACUGAGUUUGCACCCAUUCACAGAUGGUGCAUACUAUAUGUGCAACAACGUGUAUACUUGAACCAGCCUCACAAGUAAUCUUACCUUCCACAGCUAAUAUGCCAUACGGGUAUCCCCCCAUUCCCCCCACAAAGCAAGGCGGAGGAUUUUAAAGUUCUCUGCCUUGCUUACUUGAGUCUGGGAGGUUUUUUUGCAAGUUCUUGUGUUUAAUUUUUUUUAUUUCAACUGAAUGGCCUUCAACCAUGUAAAGUUGAAAUUGUGUAUGUUGUGAGUGACCUGUAUAGCUUAUAAUUCUUUAGGUGCAUGUGUUAAUGGAACUUGCUUAAUUUAAUCAAGCUUUAAAACUUCUGUAAAAACUUACAUGAAGCAAUCAGAUUACUGUAUUUUUCCAUGUAUAACACCCCCCUCCCGUGUAUAAGACAUCCCCUAUUUUGGGGGACUCAAAAUUAAGAAAAUGGGGCGGGGGAGAUUUCCCCCGUGUAUAAGACUACCCCCCUUUUAAUAUUAUUUUAAAGUAAAAAAGCCUAGUCUUAUACGCUGAAAAGUAUGGUAUGCCUUGGAGCAUGCCUCAUUUCUCCCCACAGUAGUAUGCUGCUAACUUGCAAUCCCUGGUUAACCAUCCCAGUGUGUGUGUCUGCAGCGGGAAAACUUGUUUACUUGGAGUUCUUUGAUUUCAACCUCUGUGCUAUAAUUGUAGUUGUUGCAGGAAAGAUUUACCAUACUUUUCCUUUUAUAAGACUAGGUUUUCCCCUCUAAAAUAAUGUUUUAAAAGUGGGUUGUCUUAUACACGGGGGCCAUCUUCCCCUAUUUUCAUAAAUUUGAGUCCCCCAAAAUAGGGGCUGUGUUAUACACUGAAAAAUUCGGUAAUUCUCCCAAUAAUGAACAUUGCUUUAGUAAAACUGCUUUCCUCAUCUUGAACAAGGAGGCUACUUGGAACUUGCCAUUUACUGGCUUAACUGCCAGUGGCCAUGAAACCCCCUGAAUGGUAACAGUUGUAUCAUGAACAGUUAUAAUCACACUGAAAUUCCUGUAGGUGGCUUUCUUCUAAGCAUGAAAGUGCUUAGAAGUGAUUUUGAUAAGCCCUUUAAGACCCAUAGGCAGGACCCCGAAGAGAAGGUUCUCAUUAGUAGAUGCACCAUCUAGUUCUUUUCUUGCCAUUAAAUAUGUAUUAUUGAAGUGUCCUCCUUCAGCAUCCAAACUCUUGAUACAAGCUGCUGAUUCCCAACCUAAGUAAAUUGAGUUCAUUGGCAUUUUUCCUCUAUUAAGCACUUCAUCAUUUUAAUAAUUGUCUUCUGAAUUAAGUUUGAGUCAGGUUUAAUGCUGGUUUUACUUAGAAAAGUAGGUUGCAUAUCACAUUCCAGUUUGUAGUUUGUUUUGUUUUUAAACCUUAUUAAUGCCACUCUUACAAAUAAUAUUUCAUGGGAUGGUCAUCCAUCCUGUUUCACUCACCUCCUCCCUUCUCUGAAAACUUGGCAAAUGCUAUGCAGCAGCUGCCUUCUCCUAUGCAAAGGAACUAUAACCUGUAAAGGAUUGUUCCUGUCUUAAAUAGCCAGUGUAAUGCUCACCUGGGGCUACAGUGGCCAGAGUUCAGUUCUGGUUAUCUGUGGGAUUGUGGGUUACCAUAGGGUUAAAUGGAUGACCAUACACCUUAUUCACAGGAUUGGUAAUAAAUCAUAAAACACCACAAAUGUUGCCUCCAAGUCAUUUAGAAUUUGUGUAAUGUAUACAUGUUGUGAUAAACAGGGUUUCAUUUGGGAGGCCAUGUGACAGGCAUCUUUAGAUCUCUACGCUCUUUAAGUUUGGAAGGAAAACUUCCUGCACCUUCUGCAGAAUGAAAAGUGAUCUAGAACAAAGGUCUGUUCUUGAUACUAAUCACUUGAGUUUGCCACUUCUUGGGAGACAGAGAGAGCUAUCGAGUCUUCCUGAAUGCUGUUUUUAAAUUAACCUGAGGAAUUGCAAGGGUGAUCAAAAUAUCUGCAAUACAGUAAAUUAGGUUUUCUUAUUUUAGAAGAAACAAGUUUGUCUAAAUCAGACAUAGGCAAACCCCGCCCUCCAGAUGUUUGGGACUACAAUUCCCAUCAUCCCUGGCCACUGGUCCUGUUAGCUAGGGAUGCUGGUAAUUGUAGUCCGAAACAUCUGGAGGCCGUACUUUGCCUAUGCCUAGUCUAAAUUAAGGACAUUCUCAAUACUGGUGGUUCAUUCCUUUGUUACCUUUACCCAAGAAUAAGCUAUUUGCAAAGAUACCUGCUCAGUCACUGACAAAUGUGCUCUUCUUUUUUUCUCUCUUUGCAGCAGUUCUGUGGUGUUCUUGGUCACACAUUUAUGGAGUUUCUGAAGGGCAGUGGGGACUACUGCCAGGCACAGCACGGCCUCUAUGCAGACAAGUGAACUAUAGAAAUUGAUUACUACUCCACCAAGAAGCCCCCUUAAGAGUGGUUACCAGAAUAAGACGUGUUGAGUUGAAAUUGGCAGAGAAUUUUACAAAGGAGUUCAGACCUGGAUGGGGUAGCCUUGCUGCACUGCCUUUCUCUUUGCCUCAGUAUUACAGGAUUGAAGAAUUGCUGCUUCUUGUUUAGGAGGUUCAUUUCAUUUCCCAUUGCUCCCAACUUCAUGCUUGUCAGCACGGGAAACUUCAAGUGGCUUUUAGUGGAGUAGACUUCGGUUUCUCCCAAUCAAUUCUGCUAGGUUUUUUGUUUUUUAAAAAUAGUAUUGGUCUUGUUGGACGUUUUAACUAAAUUAACAUGGCCCGAAUGAACCGCCCAGCUCCUGUGGAAAUCACUUACAAGAAUAUGAGAUUCCUUAUCACUCACAAUCCAACCAAUGCAACCUUAAACAAGUUCAUAGAGGUAAGGGUUCUUGAGUGGGAGGCUUAUAUUAAUUUUUGCAAUGUUGAAAAGUUUGAUAUAACAGUAUUACUGAAAUUUGCCUUAGACAGUAUUACUGAAAUUUGCCUUGACUACCAACAUGAUGGUCUGUUAAGAGUUAAUUUAACCUUAUUUCUUUUACACCACCAUUCAGUCAUUCCCAAUACAGAUUUCCUUAUUGCAUAGUAGUUGCAUGUUCAAUAAUUCCUCAAAACUGCAUUUGGGUUUUCGCUUGUGAUGACUGCAGGGGGGUGUUCAGCUUUGCUUAGUGUGGUACAAUUGCACCAUGCUACAUGUAGGUGAAGCUCUGAGCUGGUAUAGUAUAGUGACUAAGAGACUGAGCUGUGAGUCAGUUUUUAGCUCAAACCUCUGCUCUCCCAUGAACUCUAGAUCACCAUAAAUAUGCCCUACACAUUCAGAUGUCAGUAUUAUCUCAGAUCUAUCUUGCAUAUGAGGAUGGGAGGAACUCGAUUACAUUACAGGAUUAUGAUAAGAAUUACAAACAGAUAAUGCAAAUGAAGCACGUUAAACCAUUGAAAGUGUUAAACUAAUGUUACAGGGCAGAAGAGGGCAACCAGAAUGAUCAAGUGGAUAGAGCUCUACUUUCAGAGGUAAUUUGUGAAUACCACUUGCUGGAAACUUCAAGAGAAGAGAGCGCUCUUGAGCUCAGGUCCUGCUUAUGGGCAUCUGGUCGGCCACUGUGAGAACAUGUUAGACUAGAUGGACCUGUGGCCUCAUCCAGCAGGUGGUUCUUUUGUUCUUAAAGAUAGUCCUGCCCACUUGAAUUCCUCUGCUAUACUUUAGGUCUUAUUAGAUAUUUGUUAAGUAGUUCUGCUUGAAGAGGUGAAAUGCAAUAAUUAUAGGUCUUCUGAACAGCCUCUGUAUUUGAAAUUGUUCACAAAAUUGCAAUAGUCUGGGCAUGAACAUCAACACGGUAUCAUUAAGAUAUGUAUCACUCUCUCUCCCCUUAGGAACUUAAGAAGUAUGGAGUUACUACAGUAGUAAGAGUAUGUGAAGCCACUUAUGAUACUGCUCCAGUAGAGAAAGAAGGCAUUCAGGUUUUGGUGAGUAGCUUAUUAAAAAGAUAACAUUAGCCAUAGGAUUUUUUAAUUUCUAUGGUGCAAGUGAUUGAACAUGGGGGAAAUAAUGCAGGUUGUGGUAAUCUGGCCUUCAGAUUUCUAUGGAUGUUUUAAAGCGAAAGAAGAAACGCAAAUCAGGCAGUGAUUUGCUAACUGUAAUACAAAUUAAGAAGUACUAUUCUAGGGUAUGUGGAAGUUUAGGUAAAAAAUUAUUCACUUCAUGCAUUCCAGGAUUGGCCCUUUGAUGACGGAGCACCACCAUCUAUCCAGAUUGUUGAUGAUUGGCUAAACCUCCUAAAAGUUAAAUUCCGUGAAGAGCCUGGUUGUUGCAUUGCUGUACACUGUGUUGCUGGUCUUGGAAGGUAAGCAGAACUCCAAAAGGCUAUCUGCUCUGACUUCUCUACCAAACACCGAUUCCAUUAGCUAGUCUUACCGAGGUGGGGAAUGGCUUGUAGUAAGUUACAGCUGUAUGUGUAUUAUUGUCUUUUCAAAUCAGUGAAGCUUUGACUAAUGAGAGAUUGCAGCCCAUAUAUCUAGUGAAUUAGCUCUUGAACAGAGUGUUAACAGGGAACCUGUAAAUUUGCACUAAUCUGAGCAAGGAGAUCAGUAUUUGUAACAGUGAAUGGCAGCUUUUGUGUUCCUCAAGUGCCAGUUUAUGAUGUUGGGUAAUACGAUACAGUUUGCAUAUGCAAUUAAUAAAAUUCACUAUAUCCAUCAGAUUUUUGCAGGGCCAAAGUAUAAGUGUACUAUGAAAUAGUUGUUUGGGUCUACAAAAUGGGAGAAAAUGACUAUUGGGAAACAUUCUGCAACUUGUGUUCUUUCCCCUCCACCAGAGCACCUGUAUUAGUUGCCCUUGCACUCAUUGAAUGUGGAAUGAAGUAUGAGGAUGCAGUGCAGUUCAUAAGACAGUAAGUAUUAAGUAUCUGCCUUGUACAUACCUGCCAAUGACAGUUAGGAAAAUAUUGAAUUCCAUACUUCAAAAAGUGUUGCUUUUUAUUGCUAGGACCACAUGCAGCACAAGGCCUAAGCAUCUGGCUAUUUUUAAUACUUCUUUAGCCCCUCUUCCACUGUAUGAAUGCUGUGUCCCUGCGAAUCGGCCAGUGCCAGGAGAGAUUUUAAAGUUCUAGUCUAAUAGUGGAUUGUACAAGAGAAAGCAAAAAGAAGAAAUGUGAAGGCUGAAGCUACAGUAGAAGUGGAAUUGUAGGUGUGACUUGUACAUCUGUAUGUAUCUCUAUAACAAAUUAGUGAACAGCUGAAAAAAACAGUAAAACAAAGCCAUUAAAGGCAAGAGAAGUUAACAUAAAUAACAAAACAGAACUCUGCACACACACCCCAUUUAAAAAUAGUUCAAAGAGUCUCAGAUUACCUAAAUUAUUUUUAAAGCUUGAGUGAAGUAUUUACCCGGUGCCACAGAAGAUUGCAAAGAUGGCAACUUGGCAUGCCUCCUUGGAAAGGCUAUUCCAUAACUGGGUACUACUGGAAAGACUCUCUCCCUGGCAGUUGCUUGGCUCACUUCAUUCAGCAAGCGCAGGUCCUUGGAAGAGCAUUUUUAAAGUUCAGAUGAAUGACAGAAGGCAGGCUUUCAGUACAAAGUGAAAACUUGUUUUUCAAUGAGGGUGGGGAUUCUUAUAAGAAACAAAACCUAUCUUAAGCAUAUGAUACUUGGUCACAAGUGAAGUAGUGUUACUUUCAGCACUCAUAAUUAACAUGUUCAAUAUUUGAAUGUUUUGUAGGAAGCGCCGUGGAGCCUUUAACAGCAAGCAGCUUCUCUAUUUGGAGAAAUAUCGUCCGAAAAUGCGACUGCGUUUUAAAGAUUCAAAUGGUCACCGUAACAACUGUUGUGUUCAGUAAAAACCAAGCUGCCUAUGUUUCUGGCUUUGGAAGUAGAAGAUGAAAUCUAUAAUUGGGCAGGUUACAUGAAAAACUACAUGUAUGUCUUAAACCAAGUUACAUGAAGCUUCUAUAGGUGUAGGCCACAAUGUUGGCAGGAGAGCAACUUCAUUUAGAUUAUGGUGAUUAUGAUCUUUUUUAGAACAUGAAAUAUACUUGGCCUUUCAAAAUGUCUUAUUAGUAAUUUGUAUCAUUAAACUAUCCUUAAUCAUGCAUUUCAGGGUUUUUUUUUCCAUCGCAGUCCCAGUAGUCAAAUCUACCAUGACAUGUGUAGAGAUUAGGUGCCAAAAGCCCAGCACACUAUUUCUGUAUACCACAGUGUAGUUCUUAGUAACUACAGCUAUCUGGACCAUUGCCCAUUAGCAGCUGUCUUCUGUUUUGUGGAUAGGGCUUCAUAGAAUAAUCUGCCUAUUCACUAUAUUUUGUCUCUCACAAUCACACUAGAAUGAGUAUCAGGAUUUGCACACGAUUAACUGUCAAUUACUUCUGGUACCCUAGACUUUUGUUAUUUAACCCUCUUCAUUCACCUACAUUCUCUGGUUAACUCAUAGAAAAUAAUCCUUCACGCUGUACAGAAGCACACAAGUCUUUAAUGUCUCCAGACAAAAAAGCCUUACAGUUAAAUAAAUAUUGGCACUAAAUGUGCAACUUAGCAGAGGGCCUGUGAAAGGAUGAGAGGGGACUAAUAAAUAUUUCUAGUAAAAUGUUGCCUUUUGUCUUGUGCAGGAAGUAUAGAAUAUGCCCUUUACUUUAGUAAAUGAUUUUUUAAUGUAGAAAUGCUUUAUUGUAGCUGAACACUCUUAAUCAUACAUUUCUUGAAGAUCUUGUAAUUUAUUUUAUUGUACUUCUUGAAAGUUGUUUACCAACUAUUGCUUUGUUAGAAGUGAUUUUGUUUUGUUUUUUCUUGAGUUUCUGCCAUGAAUUUGGCAGACCUCUGUAAUAUUUUGUAUGCCUUUUGACCUGCGUAACUUAAUAUUUGGAUACUUGAUAAUUUGUUAUGUAAUUGAUAAAAUGGUGGUGUGUAUUAAUGUUAAACCAUAUAUUUAUACUGUUUUGGGAAUGUGUGGUUAUAGUACUGUGGGAGAAAUAAUUUGCCAGUGUUCACCAGCUUGUAAAAUCUAGUGUGAGAGCUCAUCUAAAUAAACUCAAAACUGCAUUGCAGUGUACCCGGAAUUUUCUCUUUGGGGCAAGGGAGGGUAGGGAAGCACUCUGAUUUACAGCUUAGAUGAAUAUAUUUUGAAGUGGAAAUCACAGUUCAAGAAUCAUAUUAAUUUCCCUGUGGUAAAUACAUGUUGGGUGUUCUCUCUCUCUCUCUCUCUCUCUCUGUGUGUGUGUGUGUGUGUGUGUGUGUGUGGUGUAACUGAAUUUGUUCUUAGUAACAUGGUUCAGAAAAACACAGAAGCAUUAAGCGUUUUUCAGUAAACUUGUUAUAUUUGUAACAUAAAAUUGGAUUAUUUUUACUUAAUAAUUUAUAUUGUUCUACAAAGCAACACUGUAUUUUUAAAAACCAGUAAUUUAACUGUAUAUGGUACACACCAUUCUUUUGGAUCAUGAAUGUGCAAGUAACAUUUUACCAUCUAUUUCCGUAUAUCCACAGUAUUUCUCCCAAGACACACAAGGCAGCAACACUAUUUUAUUGGGACAAAUGCAUUUGAAGCAACUUAACAUACUGUAUACUUUGAGCAAGUUCUUUAGCGACAUGUUGAAUCCAAGGACCAAACAUCCUUAGGAAACCCACCAGUUCUGUGUGUAAUUCAAAGUUUUGACUUUGGCAUAGAAAGCCCUACAUUAACUGACUCCCAAAUACUUAAAAGAUUGCCUCUUCUUAUACAGACAAGUUUGAGAGUUAAGAACUGCAGAGGAGGUCUUGUUAGCAAUUGCACAACCCUUGAAGGUCUCCCAUUGUUAGGAAGUCUCUACCUUUAGAUAUGUGACUUGUGCAAACGGGGGGGGGGGGUGUUCCUUAGAAACAUACACAAUCCUUUGGGAAUGUUUCAAUGAUUGUUUACCCAGCUGCUGGUGACAGUGGUGACGAUGGAAUGAUUGAAGCGAUUUAUGUUUUAUUGUACAAUAAAUGGACCUGGCAAAAAGGGCAGGCAAUGCACUUUAUGGAUG